UUCACCCUCAUUCCUCAUCCCAGCUUCAAAUCUCUCGAUUCCAAUUCAAGUCCGAAUCCUUCUCUUCCCUUCGAUCCCAAACCCUAGCCUUCCAUCCAUUCUCGAUGGCCCGAACGAAGCAGACCGCCCGCAAGUCCACCGGCGGCAAGGCGCCUCGGAAGCAGCUAGCGACCAAGGCCGCUCGGAAAUCGGCUCCGGCCACCGGCGGCGUGAAGAAGCCCCAUCGCUUCCGUCCCGGUACGGUGGCUCUGCGGGAGAUCCGCAAGUACCAGAAGAGCACGGAGCUUCUCAUCCGCAAGCUCCCCUUCCAGCGGCUCGUCCGUGAGAUCGCCCAGGACUUCAAGACCGACCUCCGCUUCCAGAGCUCGGCCGUCUCCGCCCUCCAGGAGGCGGCGGAGGCCUAUCUCGUGGGGCUCUUUGAGGACACCAACCUCUGCGCGAUCCAUGCCAAGAGAGUCACGAUUAUGCCCAAGGACAUUCAGCUCGCCCGUCGGAUCAGGGGGGAGAGGGCUUGAGCGCCGUCUGAUUUCAUCUUUCGGUUAGAUGAAGUGAUGAUUGGCUGUAGUAAAGAUAGCGAAGUUGUAUUUUGGAUGGUGUUUUAUUUAAAUGAUCUUCUUUCUUAUAUUUAAGACUGUUAUCUUC